UCUCAAAAAGUACUUCAGAUGGCUCAACUUCGUGCUACUAUAAAUUAUUACCAUCGUCAUAAAGAAGUUGAAAUGUCAAUUGAAAAAUAUAAACAAAAUAAUGUUGCACCACCUUUGCCAGUAAUUGAUAAAAGUACUAAUUUACAUGAUAAUAAUAGCAUAUCAGCUUUUAAUGAAACUUCAGGUGAAAUGGAGGAAUUAGAUAAUGAAACAGAGGAAUCAGAUAGUGAGUAUGAAUCUAUAAAUAAUUCAAAUAACUGGGAUGAAAUAAUGCGUCAUUGGAUAGAUAUGAUAUCUGAAGAAGACCUAACUGACGAUGAGGAAUUAGCUAAGUUUGAUAUUAAUAUCAAUGUAAAUAAUGUCGAACCAAAUCAAAAUAUUAAUUAUAAAGAUCAUCCAGCUAUCAAUAAUGAUGCAAAAUGGGAAAUACAAACAUUAUUUAAAGAUGAUAUUCCAGUUCCACCAUUUAUUUCUGAUUUAUAA